UCGAGGGGUUUGGUUGUAAACGUGUAAAUGAAUACAGGUUCCAAAGCUUAAUGUAAUGUUGUGCUGUCUCUGUUGUGAUUACUCAGCAGGGGGGCGGAGGUUACAGGCACGCGAGCCCGGGGCCGAAGACGACUCGCUGUACGACCAGCCGUCCGAGGUGGAGGAGAAGCGGCCGCGACCUCAAGGAUCCUCCCCUGUGGACGAGUUCCCGGAGGCCGCCGGCUUCUCCGACAGCGACAAGGAGGGCGGAGCAGAGCAUGACCUUCAGAAGAAGGGUGGAAAAGGCGGGAAAAGGUCUGGUCUCGGCUCGCUGUUCGACAAGCGCUCGUCUUCCAAGAUGAGCAAACUGAAGGACGUUCACAGCCCUGAGUCGGAGGUGAUCGUGAAGACGGCCGAGGACGGUGGGGCGGAGGGUCUGAUCGUCGGCGGGGGAGGGAGGGACGGGAUCUUCAUCACGCAGGUGGUCCCAGAGUCCCCGGCCUUCAAGAACCUGAGCGUCAGAGAAGGGGACCAGAUCCUGAGUGCCACUGUGUACUUUGACAAUGUGUCGUACGAAGACGCCCUGCAGAUCAUGGAACAUGCGCAGGCCUACAAGGUUAAGCUGUGCCUGAAACGCAAGCAAGAAGUGCCUGAAGAAGACCCCGACAGCCAUCCCGAGACCAUUCAGGAGGAAGAGGUGACCUCACCAGAGAUGAGAGAGCAAAGGAAAACUAAGAGGCCUAGCGAUGCUCGCAUCUCAUGGCCCAAGUUCCCCUCUCUGGGGAAAGGCAGAAAGAAGUCCCACUUCAGGAGGUCCCACAGCACCUCAGAGGCCGAGGAUCAGACCCGCCUUGAGCUGAGCCCCACCACCAGCGAUACUGACACCCCUAUCAAAUCACAGGAAGCACUGAAAGGCAAGAAGAAGCAUAAGGUAAAGCUGAACCUUUCAAAGAACAAGGGUAGUAAAAGUGCUAAGGCAGACCAUGACACAGAUACAUUGACCACUGCUCCCUUAAACGGAGUCAAUGAGGACCCCAUGAAGGAGAUCUCACCCCCAGACUCCCCAGAGCGGCAGGUUGCAUCCCCUCCGGCCUAUUUAACGCAUCAAUUCAAAAUCCCUGACAGCUGCAAGCUGAAGGUUGAGCAAGGAAUGGCUGACAUGGCCGAGCCUGAAUCCCCCCACCACAGAGUGGAGCUGAUCAGUGUGGACAGCACUCUGAAGACUGCAGACAUCACCGCGGCUCUGGUUGGGCAAGAUAGUCCCACCGCCCACAUGUCACCCAGCGGAAAGAAAAAGAAGAAGAAAGAAAAGUCUGAAUUGAAAAUGAAAAUUAAGGGAAAAGAUAAAUCACACAAACAAGAUGUUAAAGCGAAAUCCUCCCCAAAAAGACUACAGACACUUGGGGGAAGUGUUGAUGUACCAGACCCUACUACAAAUAAAAACUUGGAUGCUACAAAAACAUUACCAUCACAAGUAGAGUGGCCACAAAUUGCAAUCAACACUGAUACACAAUUAACUGCCGGUAAAGGUUUUGAGGUCAUCUCUGCACCCAAGCCAAGCCAGGAAGGAAAAGAUCUGCAAAAGGUGGAAUUUUCCUAUGACACCUCAGAUGUAGGAAUUUCAAAGAUAUCUCCAAGGAUAGGAAAAGAAAAACCAAAGAAGGAAGCUGAAAAGCUAUCAAAGGGGUCUAAACAGAAAACCGACACCAAGAGAAGCCCGUUUAAACUCCCCACAGUUGGGUUUACUGACAUUGGAAUGGAAGACAUAAUAGAAAAAACAGAUGUAAAGGAUAAGAAGGUUUCAGUAAAAAUUGUAACAGAGGGUCCAAAGCAAGAUCCUUAUGAAAGGCUAUCCUGUCCUUCCCAAAGACAACUUCCCAAACGGGAGGAGAUGGAGAUACCAGGUAUGGAGGAUGCAUCCUCAGCAGGGAGGAAGAAACAAGGCACUAAAGAUCCUAAGGGGUUGGCAAUGAUUGGCAUUGAAGAACUUAAUGCAGAAACGGUACAAAUGUCCAUUGAUGUUAAAAGUGUCAAAGAAGCAGUUUCAAAAUUGCCCGGUUUUAAGCUGCCUCAAGUUGACACGGAUGGAGUCCCUAUUAUUGAAGAGAUUACAAUGAUAGAUGCAAAUGCACAAAGAAUAACUGUAAAAACACACGGGACUCCCACCAAAAUGUCAGAUACCAAGACAAAGGAAGGGCUGACUCUGAGCAGGACUAAAGUCCAACUGCCAAAUAUUAACGCUGCCAAUCUAGUUUCUCAUGACAUUUUUACUGAGACUGAAGUAGAGAUGAAUAAGGAAAACAAGGAAGUAGGCGACUUAAGUAGUGUUGAAAUGCAGACUAAGGGACACAAAAGAGAGAAUAUUUUAAUGCAUGGAGAAGAAAGUAGAAGUGAAGAAACCCAUGUACAAGGACAUGCUACAAAGGAGGAUGCUUUUGAAUGGUCAUCUGGAAUAUACACAGGCCAAAACAAAGCCAACAACAAGGAUUUGACCAGUCCAAAAAAAACAGACAAAGCAAAAAGCCUCUUCACGAACUUUGGAGUUGCAAAACCAGACAUCAGAUUCCCUGAUCUUGACAUUGCCUUACCAAAACGAAAUCUCUCAACACUUAACGUUGAUGAAGGGCCUCGUAGAGUUAUGGCUAAACCCACAGAAACUGAACUUGAAAGACAUAGAACCAAAUUCAAAAAUCCAAGUCUGAGUUGCUCUAUGCCAAAAGCGAUCGGGACAGAAGUUGAUUUAAGUGUGUCAAAGCCAGAUAUGGAUAUAACAUUACCAGAGGGGGAGGUUGAACCGUCAUCGAAAGUAGAAGUCAAACAAUCUCAGAUUGAACCCGAAGACAAGGAUGGUGAGAGGACCUCCGCAACAUGGAAAAUGACUAAGUUCAAAAGUAGAACAAGUGGAUCCUACACCCAAAAUAUAACAUCAGAAGAACAUGAAAUGUACAAAAAAAUAAAUAUUGAAGGAGUUGAGCUGAAUGCAUCUAUUGAGGGGCCAGACGUUGACGAGACAACCCAUGGAGACAUGAAAAAGGCUGUAUUUGGAGGACGGACAACGAAAAUAAGAAUGCCAAAUCUUGGUAUUUCAACACCAACGGUCAAAGGACCAGAUACUGAUUUCAGUGUAUCCAAGCCAGAUGUGGACAUAACGUUACCGAAGGCUAAAGCUGACAUUACCCUAUCUGAAGUUAAACUACCAUCAGCUAAGGUAGAAGUUAAAGGGCCGGAGAUUGAUACAGAGGAUUUUGAUGGUUCAUCCAAAUUUAAAUUGUCUAAAUUCAAACUUCCAAAAUUCGGAACAGGAUCUUCCAGCAUCACUGCCGAAAUGCCUGAAAUUGACAAGCAAAUCAAAUUUGAUGCAGAGCUGAACAUCCCUAAAGCCACAGUGGACAAAACAGCACCCAAAGUUGAAAUUGAAGGACCUUCCAUUGAUCUGAAAAGCACAGGACCUGAUGGAAUGGGGAAAGGAAGCAAGAUUAAAAUGCCAAGUCUGGGUCUCUCAAUGCCAAAAGUGAAAGGACCAGAUACUGAUUUCAGUGUAUCAAAGCCAGAGGUUGACAUUACAUUACCAAAGGGUAAAGCUAAAGUUAACCUACCUGAAAUUGAAGUAACAUCAACUACGGUACAAGUUAAAGGGCCUGACAUUGAUCUAAAAGUAAAAGAUGGUCAAGGUUCUCAAGCUACUUCAACGAAUAUGUCAGUGGAAAUACCUGAGGAGAAGAAAGAAAUUAUAUCACAUGGAGAGUUGAACAUUCCUGAAGCAAGAGUGGAAAUAACAGCACCCAAAGUGGAUAUUGAAGGACCUUCCAUAGAUCUUGAGAGUACAGGGAAAGGAAGCAAGUUUAAGAUGCCAAAUUUUGGAAUUUCAAUGCCAAAGGUCAAAGGAGCAGAUAUUGAUUUCGGUGUAUCCAGAACAGAUGUGGACAUAAUGCUACCAAAAGCCAAAGCCGACGUUACCCUACCUGAUGUUGAACUUCCGUCAGCUAAGGUAGAAGUUAAAGGCCCUGAGAUUGAGACGGAAGAUUUUGAUGGUUCAUCCACAUUUAAAAUGCCUAAAUUCAAACUUCCCAAAUUUGGAACAGGAUCUUCAAGCAUUACUGCAAAAAUGCCUGAAGUUGACAAACAAAUCAAAUUUGAUGCAGAGCUCAACAUUCCUAAAGCCACAGUGGACAUUGCGGCACCCAAAGUUGACUUUGAAGGACCUUCCAUAGAUCUGAAAAGCACAGGACCAGAUGGAAUGGGGAAAGGAAGCAAGAUUAAAAUGCCAAGUCUGGGCUCAAUGCCAAAGGUGAAAGGACCAGAAGUGGAUUUCAAUUCAUCAAAGACAGAGGUGGACAUUAAAUUACCAGAGGAUAAAUAUGAAGUUGCCCUACCCUACGUUGAACUAACCUCGACUAAUGUAGAAGUUAAAGGGCCUGAGAUUGAUCUAAAAUUAAAAGAUGGUAGAAGUUCUCCAUCAAAAUAUAAAAUGCCUUCAUUCAAAUUUCCCAAAUUUGGAGCUGCUUCACCAAAUAUCUCUGUGGAAAUACCUGAGGUGGAGAAAGAAAUUACGUUAGAUGGAGAGCUUAUCAUUCCUGAAGCAAAAGUGGAAAUAACAGCACCCAAUGUGGAUAUUGAAGGACCUUCCAUAGAUCUUAAGAGUACCGGCAUCGACGGUACAGGGAAAGGAGGCAAGUUUAAAAUGCCAAAUUUUGGUAUUUCAAUGCCAAAGGUCAAAGGACCAGAUAUUGAUUUCAGUGUAUCCAAGCCAGAUGUGAACGUAACGUUACCAAAAGCUAAAGCUGACGUUACCCUAACUGAUGUUGAACUACCAUCAGCUAAGGUAGAUGUUAAAGGGCCUGAGAUUGAGGCAGAAGAUUUUGAUGGUUCAUCCACAUUUAAAUUGCCUAAAUUCAAACUUCCCAAAUUUGGAACAGGUUCUUCAAGCAUCACUGCAGAAAUGCCUGAAGUUGACAAACAAAUCAAAUUUGAUGCAGAACUGAACAUCCCAAAAGCCACAGUGGACAUUACUGCACCCAAAGUUGAAGUUGAAGGACCUUCAAUUGAUCUGAAAAGCACAGGACCUGAUGGAAUGGGGAAGGGAACCAAGAUUAAAAUGCCAAGUCUGGGUCUCUCAAUGCCAAAAGUGAAAGGACCAGAAGAGGAUUUCAAUUUAUCAAAGCCGGAAGUGGACAUUACAUUAUCAGAGUCUAAAUAUGAAGUUGCCCUACCUGACGUUGAACUAACCUCUACUAUAGUAGAAGUUAAAGGGCCUGAGAUCGAUCUAAAAUUAAAAGAUGGUAAGGGUUCUCCAUCCAAAUUUAAAAUGCCUUCAUUCAAAUUUCCCAAAUUUGGAGCUGCUUCACCAAAUAUCUCUGUGGAAAUACCUGAGGUGGAGAAAGAAAUUACAUUAGAUGGAGAGCUGAACAUUCCUGAAGCAAAGGUGGAAAUAACAGCACCCAAUGUGGAUAUUGAAGGACCUUCCAUAGAUCUUAAGAGUACCGGCAUCGACGGUACAGGGAAAGGAGGCAAGUUUAAAAUGCCAAAUCUUGGUAUUACAAUGCCAAAGGUCAAAGGACCAGAUAUUGAUUUCAGUGUAUCUAAGCCAGAUGUGGACAUAACGUUACCAAAAGCUAAAGCUGACGUUACCCUAACUGAUGUUGAACUACCAUCAGGUAAGGUAGAAGUUAAAGGGCCUGAGAUUGAGACAGAAGAUUUUGACGGUUCAUCCACAUUUAAAAUGCCUAAAUUCAAACUUCCCAAAUUUGGAACAGGACACUCAAGCAUCACCGCAGAAACGCCUGAAGUUGACAAACAAAUCAAAUUUGAUGCAGAGCUGAACAUCCCUAAAGCCACAAUGGACAUAACGGCACCCAAAUUUGAAGUUGAAGGACCUUCCAUUGAUCUGAAAAGCACAGGCACUGAGGGAAUGGGGAAAGGAACCAAGUUUGAAAUGCCAAGUCUGGGUCUCUCAAUGCCAAAAGUGAAAGGACCGGAAGUGGAUUUCAAUGUUUCAAAGCCAGAGAUGGACAUUACAAUACCAGGGGCUAAAUAUGAAGUUGCCCUACCUGAUGUUGAACUAACAUCGACUAAGGUAGAAGUUAAAGGGCCUGAGAUUGAUCUAAAAUUGAAAGAUGGUAAAGGUUCUCCAUCCAAAUUUAAAAUGCCUUCAUUCAAAUUUCCCAAAUUUGGAGCUGCUUCACCAAAUAUCUCUGUGGAAAUACCUGAGGUGGAGAAAGAAAUUACAUUAGAUAGAGAGCUGAACAUUCCUGAAGCAAAGGUGGAAAUAACAGCACCCAAUGUGGAUAUUGAAGGGCCUUCCAUAGAUCUUAAGAGUACAGGAAUUGACAGUACAGGGAAAGGAAGCAAGUUUAAAAUGCCAAAUCUUGGUAUUUCAAUGCCAAAGGUCAAAGGACCAGAUAUUGAUUUCAGUGUAUCCAAGCCAGAUGUGAACGUAACGUUACCAAAAGCUAAAGCUGACGUUACCCUAACUGGUGUUGAACUACCAUCAGCUAAGGUAGAAGUUAAAGUGCCUGAGAUUGAGCCAGAAGAUUUUGAUGGUUCAUCCACAUUUAAAAUGCCUAAAUUCAAACUUCCCAAAUUUGAAACGGGUUCUUCAAGCAUCACUGCAGAAAUGCCUGACGUUGAUAAACAAAUCAAAUUUGAUGCAGAACUGAAUAUCCCUAAAGCCACAGUGGACAUUACGGCACCCAGAGUUGAAGUUGAAGGACCUUCAAUUGAUCUGAUAAGCACAGGACCUGAUGGAAUGGGGAAAGGAAGCAAGAUUAAAAUGCCAAGUCUGGGUCUCUCAAUGCCAAAAGUGAAAGGACCGGAAGUGGAUUUCAAUGUUUCAAAGCCAGAGAUGGACAUUACAAUACCAGGGGCUAAAUAUGAAGUUGCCCUGCCUGACGUUGAACUACCCUCGACUAAGGUAGAAGUUAAAGGGCCUGAGAUUGAUCUAAAAUUGAAAGAUGGUAAAGGUUCUCCAUCCAAAUUUAAAAUGCCUUCAUUCAAAUUUCCCAAAUUUGGAGCUGCUUCACCAAAUAUCUCUGUGGAAAUACCUGAGGUGGAGAAAGAAAUGACAAUAGAUAGAGAAAUGAACAUUCCUGAAGCAAAAGUGGAAAUAACAGCACCCAAGGUGGAAAUUGAAGGACCUUCCAUAGAUCUUAAGAGUACCGGCAUCGACGGUACAGGGAAAGGAGGCAAGUUUAAAAUGCCAAAUCUUGGUAUUUCAAUGCCAAAGGUCAAAGGACCAGAAAUUGAUUUCAGUGUAUCCAAGCCAGAUGUGAACAUAACAUUACCAAAAGCUAAAGCUGACGUUACCCUAACUGAUGUUGAAUUACCAUCAGCUAAGGUAGAAGUUGAAGGGCCUGAGAUUGAGACAGCAGAUUUUGACGGUUCAUCCACAUUUAAAAUGCCUAAAUUCAAACUUCCCAAAUUUGGAACAGGACACACAAGCAUCACUGCAGAAACGCCUGAAGUUGACAAACAAAUCAAAUUUGAUGCAGAGCUGAACAUCUCUAAAGCCACAGUGGACAUAACGGCACCCAAAUUUGAAGUUGAAGGACCUUCCAUUGAUCUGAAAAGCACAGGCACUGAUGGAAUGGGGAAAGGAACCAAGUUUGAAAUGCCAAGUCUGGGUCUCUCAAUGCCAAAAGUGAAAGGACCGGAAGUGGAUUUCAAUGUUUCAAAGCCAGAGAUGGACAUUACAAUACCAGGGGCUAAAUAUGAAGUUGCCCUAGCUGAUGUUGAACUAACCUCGACUAAGGUAGAAGUUAAAGGGCCUGAGAUUGAUCUAAAAUUGAAAGAUGGUAAAGGUUCUCCAUCCAAAUUUAAAAUGCCUUCAUUCAAAUUUCCCAAGUUUGGAGCUGCUUCACCAAAUAUCUCUGUGGAAAUACCUGAGGUGGAGAAAGAAAUUACAUUAGAUGGAGAGCUGAACAUUCCUGAAGCAAGAGUGGAAAUAACAGCACCCAAUGUGGAUAUUGAAGGGCCUUCCAUAGAUCUUAAGAGUACCGGCAUCGACGGUACAGGGAAAGGAAGCAAGUUUAAAAUGCCGAAUCUUGGUAUUUCAAUGCCAAAGGUCAAAGGACCAGAUAUUGAUUUCAGUGUAUCCAAGCCAGAUGUGAACAUAACUUUACCAAAAGCUGACGUUACCCUAACUGGUGUUGAACUACCAUCAGCUAAGGUAGAAGUUAAAGUGCCUGAGAUUGAGCCAGAAGAUUUUGAUGGUUCAUCCACAUUUAAAAUGCCUACAUUCAAACUUCCCAAAUUUGGAACCGGUUCUUCAAGCAUCACUGCAGAAAUGCCUGACGUUGAUAAACAAAUCAAAUUUGAUGCAGAACUGAAUAUCCCUAAAGCCACAGUGGACAUUACGGCACCCAGAGUUGAAGUUGAAGGACCUUCAAUUGAUCUGAUAAGCACAGGACCUGAUGGAAUGGGGAAAGGAAGCAAGAUUAAAAUGCCAAGUCUGGGUCUCUCAAUGCCAAAAGUGAAAGGGCCGGAAGUGGAUUUCAAUGUUUCAAAGCCAGAGAUGGACAUUACAAUACCAGGGGCUAAAUAUGAAGUUGCCCUACCUGACAUUGAACUACCCUCGACUCAGGUAGAAGUUAAAGGGCCUGAGAUUGAUCUAAAAUUGAAAGAUGGUAAAGGUUCUCCAUCCAAAUUUAAAAUGCCUUCAUUCAAAUUUCCCAAAUUUGGAGCUGCUUCACCAAAUAUCUCUGUGGAAAUACCUGAGGUGGAGAAAGAAAUUACAUUAGAUAGAGAGCUGAACAUUCCUGAAGCAAAAGUGGAAAUAACAGCACCCAAUGUGGAAAUUGAAGGACCUUCCAUAGAUCUUAAGAGUACCGGCAUCGACGGUACAGGGAAAGGAGGCAAGUUUAAAAUGCCAAAUCUUGGUAUUUCAAUGCCAAAGGUCAAAGGACCAGAAAUUGAUUUCAGUGUAUCCAAGCCAGAUAUGAACGUAACGUUACCAAAAGCUAAAGCUAACGUUACCCUAACUGAUGUUGAAUUACCAUCAGCUAAGGUAGAAGUUAAAGGCCCUGAGAUUGAGACGGAAGAUUUUGAUGGUUCAUCCACAUUUAAAAUGCCUAAAUUCAAACUUCCGAAAUUUGGAACAGGUUCUUCAAGCAUCACUGCAGAAAUGCCUGAAGUUGACAAACAAAUCAAAUUUGAUGAAGAGCUGAACAUCCCUAAAGCCACAGUGGACAUUACAGCACCCAAAGUUGAAGUUGAAGGACCUUCCAUAGACCUGAAAAGCACAGGCACUGAUGGAAUGGGAAAAGGAAGCAAGAUUAAAAUGCCAAGUCUGGGUCUCUCAAUGCCAAAAGUGAAAGGACCAGAAGUGGAUUUCAAUUUAUCAAAGCCGGAAGUGGACCUUACAUUACCAGAGUCUAAAUAUGAAGUUGCCCUACCUGACGUUGAACUAACCUCUCCUAAGGUAGAAGUUAAAGGGUCUGAGAUUGAUCUAAAAUUAAAAGAUGGUAAGGGUUCUCCAUCCAAAUUUAAAAUGCCUUCAUUCAAAUUUCCCAAAUUUGGAGCUGCUUCACCAAAAAUCUCUGUUGAAAUACCUGAGGUGGAGAAAGAAAUUACAUUAGAUGGAGAGCUUAACAUUCCUGAAGCAAAAGUGGAAAUAACAGCACCCAUCGUGGAAAUUGAAGGACCUUCCAUAGAUCUUAAGAGUACCGGCAUCGACGGUACAGGGAAAGGAGGCAAGUUUAAAAUGCCAAAUCUUGGUAUUUCAAUGCCAAAGGUCAAAGGACCAGAAAUUGAUUUCAGUGUAUCCAAGCCAGAUGUGAACGUAACGUUACCAAAAGCUAAAGCUGACGUUACCCUAACUGAUGUUGAAUUACCAUCAGCUAAGGUAGAAGUUAAAGGCCCUGAGAUUGAGACGGAAGAUUUUGAUGGUUCAUCCACAUUUAAAAUGCCUAAAUUCAAACUUCCGAAAUUUGGAACAGGUUCUUCAAGCAUCACUGCAGAGAUGCCUGAAGUUGACAAACAAAUCAAAUUUGAUGCAGAGCUGAACAUCCCUAAAGCCACAGUGGACAUAACAGCACCCAAAGUUGAAGUUGAAGGACCUUCCAUAGACCUGAAAAGCACAGGCACUGAUGGAAUGGGAAAAGGAAGCAAGAUUAAAAUGCCAAGUCUGGGUCUCUCAAUGCCAAAAGUGAAAGGACCAGAAGUGGAUUUCAAUUUAUCAAAGCCGGAAGUGGACCUUACAUUACCAGAGUCUAAAUAUGAAGUUGCCCUACCUGACGUUGAACUAACCUCUCCUAAGGUAGAAGUUAAAGGGUCUGAGAUCGAUCUAAAAUUAAAAGAUGGUAAGGGUUCUCCAUCCAAAUUUAAAAUGCCUUCAUUCAAAUUUCCCAAAUUUGGAGCUGCUUCACCAAAAAUCUCUGUGGAAAUACCUGAGGUGGAGAAAGAAAUUACAUUAGAUGGAGAGCUUAACAUUCCUGAAGCAAAAGUGGAAAUAACAGCACCCAAUGUGGAAAUUGAAGGACCUUCCAUAGAUCUUAAGAGUACCGGCAUCGACGGUACAGGGAAAGGAGGCAAGUUUAAAAUGCCAAAUCUUGGUAUUUCAAUGCCAAAGGUCAAAGGACCAGAAAUUGAUUUCAGUGUGUCCAAGCCAGAUGUGAACGUAACGUUACCAAAAGCUAAAGCUGACGUUACCCUAACUGAUGUUGAAUUACCAUCAGCUAAGGUAGAAGUUAAAGGCCCUGAGAUUGAGACGGAAGAUUUUGAUGGUUCAUCCACAUUUAAAAUGCCUAAAUUCAAACUUCCCAAAUUUGGAACAGGUUCUUCAAGCAUCACUGCAGAAAUGCCUGAAGUUGACAAACAAAUCAAAUUUGAUGCAGAGCUUAACAUCCCUAAAGCCACAGUGGACAUAACAGCACCCAAAGUUGAAGUUGAAGGACCUUCCAUAGACCUGAAAAGCACAGGCACUGAUGGAAUGGGAAAAGGAAGCAAGAUUAAAAUGCCAAGUCUCGGUCUCUCAAUGCCAAAAGUGAAAGGACCAGAAGUGGAUUUCAAUUUAUCAAAGCCGGAAGUGGACCUUACAUUACCAGAGUCUAAAUAUGAAGUUGCCCUACCAGACGUUGAACUAACCUCUCCUAAGGUAGAAGUUAAAGGGUCUGAGAUCGAUCUAAAAUUAAAAGAUGGUAAGGGUUCUCCAUCCAAAUUUAAAAUGCCUUCAUUCAAAUUUCCCAAAUUUGGAGCUGCUUCACCAAAAAUCUCUGUGGAAAUACCUGAGGUGGAGAAAGAAAUUACAUUAGAUGGAGAGCUUAACAUUCCUGAAGCAAAAGUGGAAAUAACAGCACCCAUCGUGGAAAUUGAAGGACCUUCCAUAGAUCUUAAGAGUACCGGCAUCGACGGUACAGGGAAAGGAGGCAAGUUUAAAAUGCCAAAUCUUGGUAUUUCAAUGCCAAAGGUCAAAGGACCAGAAAUUGAUUUCAGUGUAUCGAAGCCAGAUGUGAACGUAACGUUACCAAAAGCUAAAGCUGACGUUACCCUAACUGAUGUUGAAUUACCAUCAGCUAAGGUAGAAGUUAAAGGCCCUGAGAUUGAGACGGAAGAUUUUGAUGGUUCAUCCACAUUUAAAAUGCCUAAAUUCAAACUUCCCAAAUUUGGAACAGGUUCUUCAAGCAUCACUGCAGAAAUGCCUGAAGUUGACAAACAAAUCAAAUUUGAUGCAGAGCUGAACAUCCCUAAAGCCACAGUGGACAUAACAGCACCCAAAGUUGAAGUUGAAGGACCUUCCAUAGACCUGAAAAGCACAGGCACUGAUGGAAUGGGAAAAGGAAGCAAGAUUAAAAUGCCAAGUCUGGGUCUCUCAAUGCCAAAAGUGAAAGGACCAGAAGUGGAUUUCAAUUUAUCAAAGCCGGAAGUGGACCUUACAUUACCAGAGUCUAAAUAUGAAGUUGCCCUACCUGACGUUGAACUAACCUCUCCUAAGGUAGAAGUUAAAGGGUCUGAGAUCGAUCUAAAAUUAAAAGAUGGUAAGGGUUCUCCAUCCAAAUUUAAAAUGCCUUCAUUCAAAUUUCCCAAAUUUGGAGCUGCUUCACCAAAAAUCUCUGUGGAAAUACCUGAGGUGGAGAAAGAAAUUACAUUCGAUGGAGAGCUUAACAUUCCUGAAGCAAAAGUGGAAAUAACAGCACCCAUCGUGGAUAUUGAAGGACCUUCCAUAGAUCUUAAGAGUACCGGCAUCGACAGUACAGGGAAAGGAGGCAAGUUUAAAAUGCCAAAUCUUGGUAUUUCAAUGCCAAAGGUCAAAGGACCAGAAAUUGAUUUCAGUGUAUCCAAGCCAGAUAUGAACGUAACGUUACCAAAAGCUGAAGCUGACGUUACCCUAACUGAUGUUGAAUUACCAUCAGCUAAGGUAGAAGUUAAAGGCCCUGAGAUUGAGACGGAAGAUUUUGAUGGUUCAUCCACAUUUAAAAUGCCUAAAUUCAAACUUCCCAAAUUUGGAACAGGUUCUUCAAGCAUCACUGCAGAAAUGCCUGAAGUUGACAAACAAAUCAAAUUUGAUGCAGAGCUGAAUAUCCCUAGAGCCACAGUGGACAUAACGGCACCCAAAGUUGAAGUUGAAGGACCUUCCAUAGACCUGAAAAGCACAGGCACUGAGGGUAUUGGAAAAGGAAGCAAGAUUAAAAUGCCAAGUCUGGGUCUCUCAAUGCCAAAAGUGAAAGGACCAGAAGUGGAUUUCAAUUUAUCAAAGCCGGAAGUGGACAUUACAUUACCAGAGUCUAAAUAUGGAGUUGCCCUGCCUGAUGUUGAACUAACUUCUACUGAGGUAGAAGUUAAAGGGUCUGAGAUCGAUCUAAAAUUAAAAGAAAGUAAGGGUUCUCCAUCCAAAUUUAAAAUGCCUUCAUUCAAAUUUCCCAAAUUUGGAGCUGCUUCACCAAAUAUCUCUGUGGAAAUACCUGAGGUGGAGAAAGAAAUUACAUUCGAUGGAGAGCUUAACAUUCCUGAAGCAAAAGUGGAAAUAACAGCACCCAUCGUGGAUAUUGAAGGACCUUCCAUAGAUCUUAAGAGUACCGGCAUCGACAGUACAGGGAAAGGAGGCAAGUUUAAAAUGCCAAAUCUUGGUAUUUCAAUGCCAAAGGUCAAAGGACCAGAAAUUGAUUUCAGUGUAUCCAAGCCAGAUAUGAACGUAACGUUACCAAAAGCUAAAGCUGACGUUACCCUAACUGAUGUUGAACUACCAUCAGCUAAGGUAGAAGUUAAGGGCCCUGAGAUUGAGACGGAAGAUUUUGAUGGUUCAUCCACAUUUAAAAUGCCUAAAUUCAAACUUCCCAAAUUUGGAACAGGUUCUUCAAGCAUCACUGCAGAAAUGCCUGAAGUUGACAAUCGAAUCAAAUUUGAUGCAGAGCUGAACAUCCCUAAAGCCACAGUGGACAUAACGGCACCCAAAGUUGAAGUUGAAGGACCUUCCAUUGAUCUGAAAAGCACAAGACCUGAUGGAAUGGGGAAAGGAAGCAAGAUUAAAAUGCCAAGUCUGGGUCUCUCGAUGCCAAAAGUGAAAGGACCGGAAGUGGAUUCCAAUGUUUCAAAGCCAGAGAUGGACAUUACAAUACCAGGGGCUAAAUAUGAAGUUGCGCUACCUGACGUUGAACUACCCUCGACUAAGGUAGAAGUUAAAGGGCCUGAGAUUGAUCUAAAAUUGAAAGAUGGUAAAGGUUCUCCAUCCAAAUAUAAAAUGCCUUCAUUCAAAUUUCCCAAAUUUGGAGCUUCUUCAGCAAAUAUGUCUGUGGAAAUACCUGAGGUGGAAAAAGAAAUUAAAUUAGAUGGAGAGCUGGACAUUCCUGAAGCAAGGGUGGAAAUAACGGCACCCAAUGUGGAUAUUGAAGGCCCUUCCAUAGAUGUUAAGAGAACAGGAAUUGACGGUACAGGGAAAGGAAGCAAGUUUAAAAUGCCAAAUCUUGGUAUUUCAAUGCCAAAGGCCAAAGGACCUGAUAUUGAUGUCAGUGUGUCCAAGCCAGAUGUGGAAAUAACAUUACCAAAGGCCAAAGCUGACGUUACCCUACCUGACGUUGAACUAACUUCCACUAAGGUAGAAGUUAAAGGGCCUGAGAUUGAUCUAAAAUUAAAAGAUGGUAAAGGUUCUCCAUCCAAAUAUAAAAUGCCUUCAUUCAAACUUCCCAAAUUUGGAGCUGCUUCACCAAAUAUCUCUGUGGAAAUACCUGUGGUGGAGAAAGAAAUUAAAUUAGAUGGAGAGCUGAACAUUCCAGAAGCAAAAAUGGAAAUAACAGCACCCAAUGUGGAUAUUGAAGGACCUUCCAUAGAUCUUAAGAGUACCGGCAUCGAUGGCACAGGGAAAGGAGGCAAGUUUAAAAUGCCAAAUCUUGGUAUUUCAAUGCCAAAGGUCAAAGGACCAGAUAUUGAUUUCAGUUUAUCCAAGCCAGAUGUUAACAUAACGUUACCAAAAGCUAAAGCUGACGUUACCCUAACUGAUGUUGAACUACCAUCAGCUAAAUUAGAAAUGAAAGGGCCUGAGAUGGAUACAAAAGAUUUUGACGGUUCAUCCACAUUUAAAAUGCCUAAAUUCAAACUUCCCAAAUUUGGAACAGGAUCUUCAAGCAUCACUGCAGAAAUACCUGAAGUUGACAAACAAAUCAAAUUUGAUGCAGAACUGAACAUCCCUAAAGCCACAGUGGACAUCACGGCACCCAAAGUUGAAGUUGAAGGACCUUCAAUUGAUCUGAAAAGUACAGGACCUGAUGGAAUGGGGAAAGGAAGCAAGAUUAAAAUGGCAAAUCUGGGUCCCUCAAUGCCAAAAGUGAAAGGACCAGGAGGGGAUUUCAGUGUGUCAAAGCCAGAUACCGAAGAUUUCGAUGUAAAAUCAAAAAUGCCAGAAUUGGCAGUUUCUGAAGUUAAAGCAUUUGGGGAACCAGGGGCAUGUGCAAAAGAGGAUCAUGUUUCAGUGAAACAGGCUGGCUGGUCAUUUCCAUCCUUUUCAUUUUCAAAGACCAAAGACCAGGGCAUAAAUGCUUCUGUUGAAUCUCAUCAGAUUGGUAUUCGAUUACCCGACACCAAAAAAGAAAUCCAUUCUUCAGAUGAUGAAGGCGAGAGAAAAAAAAAAGACUUUUUAGUAGAGGCACUUCCCUCUGUAGAAUUGGAGACUAAUUUGAAAAAAGCUAGCAGUAAGGAUCACGAGACUGAUGCCAAUAUGAAAGAGCUGGACGGUUUUCUUCUAAGAGAUAAGAUGAGGCAAAUGGAAAUCUCUGAGGUUGAAGGUCAAGGUUCUGAGAUUGAAGGACAUUUUGAAGUUACCACACAUAGCGUUUGUAUUGAGGCUCCAUCUGUAAAUAUGACAAAGACCACAGGGACAUAUCUUGGCAGAAAAGACUUAGAGCCAAAAGAGCCAGAAAAUGUAACGCAGCCAGAGUUUGAUUUAAAUUUGUCAAAAAGAGAUGAUUUCCAGGGAAAAGAAGCAGAGGUAGAUAAGGAAGUGGGAAAGGCUUCUGCCACCUUGACAGCCUUAGAAGUUUGUACACCAGAGGAAGAUGUGAAAGUGAAGAAAUCAUGGUUUUCUUUACCAAGAUUCUCAUUUUCAAAACAAAGUGUAAAAGAGACUGGUUAUAAAUCUCCCGAAAUGGAGACAAAAAUGGUGCUGAAUGUUGCUGUGGGAUCUGGAAUAGAGACCAAUGUCUUGGCCUCUCCAAUCGUCACUGAGGAGGUUGAGAAACAGGACAAAGAGAUAAAAACUUGGGAACAAACCAUUCCAUUGGGUAUUAAGGUUACAAGCCAGGAUAAGGAGACAAGGGAUCUGAACGCUGAGUUACAAACUAGUAAACCAAAGUGUCAAGAUGAUAUUAUGUUUCCAAGCCAUGAUAUAAAAACAGUAGCUCCAAACGCUGAUUCUCAAAAUCCGGAUACUGUCAGUCCAGUUAAUGGCUCACCAAGCAAAUUCAAACUUCCUUCAUUUAAGAUGCCAACACUCAGCUUUUCCAAAGCUAAACCUGAAGAUGAAUACUUACCUGUUGAUACAGUGUGCAAAGAUGAUCAAUUAGAAACCAAAGCUGAACCUCAGGAACUAGUUAAAUUUAUAGAUGAUGAAUCUAAUGUUUCAUCUCCAGAAGAAAUGGAAAGAAAUCCUCCCCCCUCAAAUGAGGAAAUAUCUCUCACAAACAAAGACGUUAUUAAAUCCCAACCAAAAAUACAAAACUACACUCUACCAAAUCCCGAGCCAGUUGGUCUGUUCAAGUUCCCCAGGUUUGGAUUUUCCACUCCUCCGGGGAGGAGCCCCGAGAGCCUGGAUGAGGAUCUGAGCACAGCCGGCUCUAUUCAGUCCUCUGAUGCCUUCGCCGACGCCAGCUCUACGGCCACGAGUGAGCACACAGGUGUGUCCUUCACAUCCCCAUCCAAGGUCACUGUCACAUACAGUGGACCUGAUUCUGCUGUGGAACUGGGUGCUCUUCACAGCACCAUCAUCACCUCCACAACUAGGAGUGCGCAGAUCUCAUUUGAACCCAACCUUCCAGAGAUGUUCACCAUCCUGUCUUCAGGAGUUUCCUCUUCUUCUGUGGACACUCUCAAGUUGGAGUCUGAUCAAAUUCAUGUCAUCAGGUCCAAUAUCCAGGCGACACCACAAGUGCAGAAAAGCACAAUUCUCACCAACUUCAAUGUCCAAUCCCCUUUGGAGAUGUCCAAGAACCCUGAGUUCAGAGAGGCUACGUCGUGGUUUGAAGGAGCGCCCCAAGAACACUCAGGCGUCGCCAGCGUGGAGAGACACAUCACCAGGGAAGUCUCCAGCCAGGAAAUGAGGACUCUGAGCAGGGGAACGGUGGUCAUAACCCAGCAGCUGACCGUAUCGGGGGACCAAGUGGAACCCAUCGCAGAGGAUACGGCUGGCUCCGUAAAGCGGCUAAGAGACACAGUUCACUCAGAGAAGAUGAGGUUUUUUGAAGGAGCUCACUCAUAAGGAGAUAUGUUAGUAGCUAACCGUUUACCUUGGCAGCAGAGGAGCAAACAGGAUCAUCAGAAAGGCUCAAAUACAGAAGUUCUACGUUGGUUUGUGUACUUCAAUCUGUUCAAUGUCUUAAUCUGAGAGAAUAUCAUAGAUAAUCAAAGUCAUAGACCUGAAAAUAGAAUGACUCAUAAAGUGCACUUGCAUCACAAUAAAGGUGUAAAUAUACAUUGUACUCAAGUGCUUUUCCAGCAGAAUCUCUAUAAUAUCUCUAUCUAAUGAUUGCAGAAAUAUAAUAAUCGUAACAAUGUUUAUUAGAUCACUGUGAAUUAUGCUCGGACCACGCCUAAAUUGCAUACGUGUUUGGCAAGAUGUACGCAUUAAAGAUAAUUAAAUAGCUUUAAUAGCUUCAGUAAAAUACUUAAUAAUUACAAUGUUGCUUCAUGUUCUUAAUCUAAAGUUAAUUUGCCUUAAUCAUUUUUUUUCAGUUUUACAUGUAACCCUUUUAAUAAACAUUGGAGUUUAUUUUUGUUUACUUUUCAUUUUUACUUUGAUAUGGGUUAUAUCAACGUGUCGCAAAGUAAUAUUCAAUAAAUGAAUGAACGGUU